UCUCUGCUGGCAAAGUUGCAACUGUCAACAAACUAAAACAAGUCCUCUCCAUGUUCAUACUCGCCUCGGCUAGUUUACACGAAGAAGUGUCUCACCAGGAAAGGUGAGUUUUCUCAGUGUAUGAAAGGAGUUAAAGAUAUGUUAAAUGUCGGAGGUGCAGUAAAGGCACAGGACCAGCAUGGAGACGCGCGUUGUGUCCGCGCUGGACAGACCCGCGGCGGAGCUGACAGUGACAGAUGUGUACGACAUUGCGGCGGUGCUCGGACAGGAGUUUGAGCGGAUCAUAGACAAAUUUGGGUGCGAGUCUCUUGUCGGGUUGGUGCCCAAAGUGGUGCGGGUACUGGAGUUGUUAGAGGCGCUGGUGAGCCACGGAGCCGCCGGACAGGAGGCCGAUGAGCUGCGGAGAGAGCUGGAGAGGCUGCGGCAGGAGAGGAGCGACAGAUUCAACCAGGAGAGGAAACACCAGGAGGAGCUGGAGCUUUUAGAGGAUGUAUGGAGAGGAGAAGUUCAGGACCUGCUCUCUCAAAUCACUCAGCUUCAGACAGAGAACAAGAAGCUGCUCGUGAGCCUCACACUCAAAGAGUCCCCCAUCACAGAAGAAGAGCUGCAGAAACAUGAGGGAAUGUCAGAGAAGGAGAGGCAGAUGAUGAAAAGGCUGAAAGACUUGGUGGAUAAGCAAAGGGAUGAAAUCCGAGUUAAAGAUCAUGAGCUGGCACUUAAAAACGAGGAUAUUGAAGCUCUCCAGUUGCAGCAGUAUCGGCUGAUAAGAAUCAACCAGGACCUCCGCCACAGGAUAGGAGUGAUGGAGUCUCAGGGAAAGGCUCUGAUUCAGCAGAGGGCAGAGCUGGAGGCUGCAGCUCAGGCCAGGCAGCAGGAGCUGGGGGCUCUGCAGCAGGAGGUGACAAGGCUCAGAAAAGAGCUCCGGGGAUGGGAGCUUGAGAAAGAAGUCACUGAAAUAGAGGAAACCUCAUUUGGUAGAUCUGUGAUGACAUCUACAUCUCCAGCAAAGGGGCCCUUGUCAGCAGCACCUUCAAUCUCACUUAAACCAAACUCAGUGUGGGUAGAGUGUGGAGGAGACCUUGAGUUCAUGGAAAACUGCUUUGAGCAUGAAAGGAGUCCCUCUCCCCUCACAAAAUCAUCACAAGGAAAAAAUAUUAAGAACGAGAGCAACAAAGAAGAGGACACAUCAGCAAUGAUACUGAAGGUGUCGGCUGAAACAGAGCCAGAAGAGGAGACAGACAGCUCAGAUGAGGAGUCAGGCAAACCUCGCUUCACACUGCAGGAGCUGCGUGAUGUCCUGCAGGAGAAAAAUGAACUCAAAGCUGAAGUGUUUGUGCUACAGGAGGAGCUUGCAUAUUAUAGAAGUGAGGAGAAUGAGGAAGACUUCAGCUCCUUUGUUUGUUCUUCAUCUCCUGCACCUUUCUCCACUUCCACUGAUCAGCCUGAAUCAGGAAUCAAACGCCUGAUCUUCACAGCCAUAAUGCCGAUGGUGGCAGCCGGUUUGAUUGCAGACGACCCCACAUUGUUACCAAUCAGAAGACUUGUUUCUUUUGUAUAAACUUCUAUUUAUGAGUUGACAUCCAGAUUUUCAGUCACACUUUUAACAAAACCAGAUGGACACCAGUUUGUUUCUAUUAACAUGUUUUAGUCAACAUAUCAAAAUGAACUGGUUUAAUGGCAGUAACUAACAGUUAUUUUAAUCCCUGUUGUUAGCUUUAACAUUUUGAGCCUUUAAUUAAUCUAUGCAGCAAAAGUAUGUGACUGAUGUGUGUUUAGACUCUUUUUUCAUGGAUCUAUCCAUGCAUCAGCUGUCUUCUGACAGUGCAUCACUUUAUAUAAAAUCAUGAAUAAGCUAUGCUUCGUUUAAUACAAUGUGACUGUUUUUUACAGUAACUUGGAACCCACUCUCUUUAAUGCUUGAGCCAAAAAUCCAAUCUUUUCAGUGUGAUACAAAGUGUACAUUAUCUGCUUGGCAGUUUUGUAAGGAGCAGCUGUUACAUGAAGUAUUCUUCAGAAUAUGAAUUGUGGUUUCAUCUACAUAAUCCUUUACAGUCUCCGAAUUCUACUAUCAUCUGUCACUAUGAGUUUAACCUAAAAGGGUGUCUUUUAUGUUUAAAUCUGAUAUGGUUUUAGAGUUGAUUAAACGAUCAGCACCUUUGCUGUACACCAAUGAUAUUGGCAGGAAACAUAUUCCAACAAUAAUCAACACUAAAAGCCCUUGAUUCUGAAAGGAUGAUAUUGUUAUUAUAUGCACAUUGGAUAAAUUACUUCAAGUUGUCAUGCAUCAUUCUCUAUAUUUUAUGCAUACAGUCAGUUUUGUAGUAGUAGUUAAGUUUAAAAAUUAAUUAUUUCCGCUCUAGGUUGUUGACGUGGGAGAGAACAGCUUCAUUGAUUUGUUUGCAAAAGAUAAUUCACUUAUGCAAAGAAAUUAAAAAAUGAUUAGCGCUUUAUGUUCUUAGCUGAAGACUGUUAAAACAUGUACCAACAAUCAACAGUGAUGCUAGGUUGUAUUAUGUAAAAUGAUGCUUGAUCAGAGCAUUGAAUGGAAUAAAAACGUUUAUUUUUCAAAUGUU